AUGUUAGCAGCAUCUUUGAUCUGGGGAAUAGUGGUGAUACUAUGCUGUUGUUUUUGGUUUAUUCUGGGAAUAAGGAGGAGGCGUCCAGGUGAGCCGCCAGUGGAAAAUGGGCUACUUCCAUAUCUGGGCUGCGCUUUGCAAUUUGGUGCCAACCCUCUUGAAUUUCUCAAAGCAAGACAAAAGAAAUAUGGGCACAUUUUCACUUGCAAAGUGGCUGGAAAAUAUGUUCAUUUUCUCACUGACCCUUUUUCAUACCAUUCAGUGAUGCGCCAAGGAAGGCAUUUGGACUGGAAAAAGUUCCACUUUGCUGCUUCUGCAAAGGCUUUUGGACAUGGCAGUAUUGACCCACGUGAUGGAAACACCACUGAAAAUAUGCAUCAGACUUUCAUUAGAACCCUGCAAGGUAAUGCCCUGAAUUCUCUCAUUGAAGCUAUGAUGGAAAACCUACAAUAUGUCAUGCUGCAAUCAAGUACACCUAAACUGCAUUCCAACAACUGGGCAACAGAUGGGCUUUAUGCGUUCUGUUGCCGAGUGAUGUUUGAAUCUGGCUUUUUAACGCUUUUUGGCACAGACUUUAAUUCAACCCAAGACAAGAAUCUAUCUCAGCAGGAAACCCAGAGAGCACUUAUUCUAAAUGCUCUUGAAAACUUCAAGGAGUUUGAUAAAAUUUUCCCAGCCCUUGUCGCAGGCGUGCCUAUCCAUGUGUUCAAGAGCGCCCACAAUGCACGGGAGAAGCUGGCAGAGGCUCUGCUCCAUGAGAACCUCAGGAAAAGGAACAACAUCUCUGAGCUCAUCACUCUCCGUAUGUUCUUAAAUGACACUCUAUCGACUUUUGAUGAUAAGAAAAAAGCAAAAACCCACCUGGCUGUACUAUGGGCUUCACAAGCUAACACAAUACCUGCUACUUUCUGGAGCUUGUUCUAUCUUAUAAGGAGCCCAGAAGCAAUGAAAGCAGCUACUGAAGAGGUGCAAAAAACACUGGGAAAUGCUGGUGAAAAGAUCGACUUACAUUUGCCAUCUAUCUCCUUGAAUCGAAAACAACUGGAUAAUAUGCCAGUAUUAGAUAGUAUUAUCAAGGAAGCAAUGAGGUUGUCCAGUGCAUCCAUGACUGUCAGAGUUGCUAAGGAGGAUUUCACUUUGCACUUGGAUAAUGACUCCUACAACAUCCGCAAAGAUGACAUUGUAGCUCUUUAUCCUCAGCUGCUGCACUUUGAUCCAGACAUCUAUGCUGAUCCCUUGACAUUCAAGUAUGACCGCUAUCUCAAUGAGAAUGGAGAAGAAAAAACUAUCUUCUAUCGCAAUGGUCACAAGUUAAGAUAUUAUUACAUGCCAUUUGGAUCAGGAGUAGCAAAAUGUCCUGGAAGAUUAUUUGCUGUCCAUGAAAUCAAACAGUUUUUGACUUUGGUACUUUCAUACUUUGAAAUUGAGCUUCUUGACAGCAAUGUGCCGUGUCCUUCUUUAGACCAAUCCAGAGCAGGGCUGGGUAUUUUACAGCCAACUAAUGACAUUCAUUUCAAGUAUAGAUUAAAAUGUCUGUGA